AUGGCCGUCGAGAAGUAUCGGAGAAGGAAAACUCGUAUUGCCUUUCGACACAAGGAGGUCUAUGUCAUACGCUUGAUACAGUCUCUCAGAGACCAGCACUACCUCCUCGUCAGUGACAUCAGAUUGACCUUGAAUGGUGCUGGCGUGAACUACGAUACGUUGUCCACAGACCGACUUCCAGCGCUCUUCCGCGACCACAAUAUCGCGGAAUCAGUCAAAGAUUAUCUGGGAAGCGACUCUCAUGUGUACUUCCAGGCCGUGGAUAGGUGUCACUCUGUGCUCAGCGCGCUGAUGAGAAGGAUCAAAGGUCUCGAAUCGGCCUCGGACCUGGACAGCCUUGUGAGAACCUACGGAGGCCAGUGCCAACUGCCAGAGAAUAUCCGGUUUCCCGUCAAGCGAGACGAGCUAGAUAAACAGAUACAGGAUCUGGACAGUGCGACUAUGAUGCUGAGGAGAAUCAGUGACAACAUGGCGGCGCUGAGAGUCCAAAUUUCCCUGCAAACCAAGUCGAGACAGAUUUCGAGAUACACUUGGGCGUUGAACACCGUCCGCAACCACGCGAAGCGCCUCUACUCGGCGGUGGCAGCGGCCUAUCCAAGCCAUUGUCAUUCCUGCCACGAAGCGCGACUGGUUCUCCGAAGUCGAUCGUAUUUUCUCGAACGGGCCGAGGAAGGGAAGCACUGGAAAGAUUCCACCUUCACAGUGAUGCUCUCUCCAGUGACAUCGGCUUCAGGUCCCAUGAAUCUGUACCGGACGGAUAUAAAAGUGGUGAAGGGCGAUGACGGCCCGGAUGAGCAGAUUACGCAGAGAACGGCGUACAGCAAGGUAGUCAUUCAACAACCCACUCCACCAACAAAAGCCGAACCCCGCCUUACCGCGAUGGAUGACCUGUGCGAGUUUAUACGGCGCGCCAGAGAUGGAAGGGCGGCAUUCUGCUUGCAGGUCUCGGAAGGAAACCGCCUGAUGUACUAUUACCCACAGGCCUCCGUCCACAGCAAUUCAAUGCACCUCGCGGCGGAUUCGGACGGGUUUGUGACCCUGGAGCAGCUGCUGAAAGAACCGGACGCGUCAUGGCUACCGAACCAUCGGAUAGCCCUUUCGCUAACUAUUGCGUCUUCACUGCUUCAACUUGUCUCAACGCCGUGGCUUCGCUCACCUCUGACCAGCAGCUCUGUGUGGUUCUCUAGGAGCGCCGUACUCUCUGCCAUGUUGGACCUUUCAUCCAUUCCGGAGUCGUUCGUGGAAGAACAGAUUUGCAGAACUACCGCAACAGGUGCAGCAUGUGCUGAAUCUGGAGUUAAAGAGUGCAUGCUCGAGCUUGGGAUUUUGUUGCUGGAAAUAGCGCAUUGGAAUACAAUAGACGAAUAUGGGAAAGACGCGCAGAACAAGGGUCUGCUGGCUAGCGCAACUCGAUACGACUUGGCCAAAGCCUGGAUGGACGAGAGCAGGUAUCUGAUCCUCAAGGUUCACUGGGAUCUGAUUAUGAGGUGCAUAGAGAACACUUUUGCGACCAGCGGCCCAGACCUGCGUUGGGAUGAUCUUAUCUUCCGCAAGUCGGUUGCAGAAUUAGUGGUCAAGCCUCUACAGGAGAACUGUAUCCACCAUCUCCGGUAG